CAUUGCAUGCUAGAAACACUUCAGGUUCUGCAGCAGAAGCACACAUUCGUCCAUCUUAAUUUUCAACAAAUAUUUGAAUAAUCAUGAGUCUUCAAUCAAAAGGAAACACUACUGCAAUAGAAACACUUCAGGUUCUGCAGCAGAAGCACACAUUCGUCCAUCUUGAUUUUCAACAAAUAUUUGAAUAAUCAUGAGUCUUCAAUCAAAAGGAAGCACUACUGCAAUAGAUGACCUCUACAGUUCUGCUCCUGUCCGAUUACCUAGCCAAAAGAAGAUAAGAGAACUUGCAGAGCGUAUCGGAAUUGAUCUUACUGAUGACGAAGUUGUGGAAUAUAGGAAUUUGAUGAAGGAGAUCAUUGGCUGUUAUUCUGCGGUUGAUAAACUACCUGAUAUUUCACUUCCAGUAAAGUACCCGCGGUUACCGGGUUACAGACCCCAAGCCGAGGAAAACCCGUUGAAUGCCUGGUACUGGAAAACAAACAUCACGGGUGCAUCAACAGGAAUACUGAAAGGCAAGAACAUAGCAAUGAAAGAUACUAUUGCUGUAUCUGGAGUUCCUAUGAUGGGAGGAACGUGGAUCCUAGAGGGUUAUGUGCCAGAGUUUGAUGCCACAGUGGUUUCCAGAGUUCUCGAUGCAGGUGGAAGAAUCGCAGGCAAAGCGCUGUGUGAAGACUAUUGUGUUUCUGGGCAUAGUUUUUUGGCAGCAAAAGGACCGACGUUAAACCCUUACAACCAUCUUUACAGCGCAGGAGGCUCCAGCUCUGGAUGUGCGGUCUUGGUCGCAACAGGUGAAGUGGACAUGGCUAUUGGUGGAGAUCAAGGAGGGUCAAUCCGCUUACCGGCAAGUUGCUCUGGUAUCGUUGGUUUGAAACCAACGUAUGGUCUUGUGCCUUACACUGGCGCCCAGGCAAUGGAACCAACAUGUGAUUUUUUAGGACCAAUGGCAAAGACGGUUUACGAUUGUGCUCUUUUGCUAGAGGCAAUUGCUGGUUACGAUAAUGGUCUUGAUCCAAGACAGAAUCCAACCAUCACUGCAGAGAAAUAUACAGACGCAUUAAGAGGUCAAACUCUUGAGAAUAUUACAAUUGGGCUGCUGAAAGAAGGUUUUGAGCAGGCAAACUCUGAUCAGAAAGUAAAUGAUGUCGUCCGAAGAGCUGUUCAAAAAAUGUCUACAAUAAAGGCUAAGAUUUCAAAUGUUUCGGUACCAUUGCACAAGCAGGGUACAAAUAUAUGGUUGUGUUUGGGGCAUCAAGGAAUGGCGGACUCUAUGUUGCGAGGUGGCAGUGUUGGUAGUGGCCACAAAGGGUUCUACCCUACAAGCUUGAUGGACGCGGCUGGUAGAGGCCUCAAUUCUCAACCAAAUGAUCUUUCAUCUGCAGUUAAGAGUGCAUGGAUGCUUGGCGAAUACAUGAAGCAUGAGUACCGUGGCAAAUAUUAUGGAAAAGCCCAGAAUCUUAGAAGACUUCUGACUGCUGAGUUUGACAAAGUUUUCCAAGAUGUCGACGUAAUAGCUCUGCCAACGAUUCCAUUCCAAACUCCCAAAAUACCAGCGAAGGGCGCGUCGAUUACAACUCUCUCUGAAAGUGGAAAGAAUCUUACAAACACUUUUACAUUUAACGUGACUGGUCACCCAGCACUGUCCAUCAACGCUGGCUUCAUAGAUUGUCUACCAGUCGGGAUGAUGUUAGUGGGAAGGAUGUUCGACGAAAGAACACUUUUGAGAGUAGCUCACGCUUAUGAACAACUACAAGACUAAAGCAACUAUGAAAAUACGCUUACUCAGUAAUAAACAAAAGGCUUGCAAUGAUUUAUUUAUAGCUACACACGUCGUAUGAUUUCGAAUAAAUAUUGGUAAUAUCGUA